AAAACAGAGCAGGUUAUCAUUCAGCCUCUGUGUGAGAGGAGACAUCAACACCACAGAGAACAGCUAUGAGAGAGAUAUCCCUCUAUCUUUUGCUCAGUCAUCUACUCGUAGUUGGCUUUGGCUCUACCUGCUUUCCUGUCGAUUGCCUGAAUUGUGACGCCUCUAAAACUCUUGCAGAUGCUUGUGAUCUCUGCCCAGCCAAUAAAACAAAAUGCGAGAACCCUAAAAAUGUUUCAUCACACUGCAAAAAAGACUUCAAGCUUUCUGUCAACAGCAGCAAAGCCAAACCAGAGGAGGGUGAUGCCAUCACCCUAACUUGCGUCGAUGAUGUCCCUUCCACUCUGAACUUCACAUAUGGAUGGAAGAAGAAUGAGAAGAUAAUCAAGGGUGGCAAAAAUAUGAAGAAGCUGGUUCUCAAGAAGGUGUUGUCAAAUAAAGCAGGAAAGUACACCUGCUUUGUGAACGGCUCGUGUGGCUAUCACGAGUCUCCGCCACAUGAUGUCACUGUGGGAAACCAAAGUGUAGUGAUACUGGUGAUCUGUGGUGUUGCCGCUUUGGCCCUGGUCGUGGUUAUGGGGCUAGCUAUGAAGUUCAAGCUGAAAAGAGACAACGCUAAACACAGAGAAAGGAUGAAGCAGAGGGCAAGGGCGGAGCAGAGCGCCGGACCUGCUCCAUUCACACCAAGAGAGUCUUAAAAAAGAAGCUGUCUGUCACCUUCAAAAAUAAUCAAUAGUGAUGUUUUCUUCAUAAUCUGCUGUUAUUUCAUUUGAAGAAAUAUUUACAUUUUUUCAGUACAUUCAAAGUUUCAUCUAUUCAGUUGUACUUUCCAAACACAUGCAUUUCUGGUAAAAACCUAUUGGAGUCUUUCAAUAACGAAAGAAUAGAUGUUUCUCUUUCAGUUCAGUUAUAAAUAUUGAGGUUUUAGCAAAAAUGCAUGUGUUUGGAAAGUACAGAGCACGUGUCUGGAUAAAUGAGACUUGGAUUGUA